AAUGGCGUCUGUUGCGCCGGUGUCACAAUCCAUGAGUGAACAGGCAUUGUGGGAUAAGGGCGGAAUUGUAGAGGUUUCCGGAUUCCCUGAAUUGGCCUGCUGAGAAGAGAAAACAAGGAAGAUUAGCCACACAGGAGAAUCAUGUCACAGUCUGGAGAAAAAGGAAAGUUCCCUGAUGCUGCUGGAUAUGUCGGCUUUGCCAACUUGCCCAAUCAGGUUCACAGGAAGUCUGUCAAGAAGGGAUUUGAGUUUACACUGAUGGUUGUCGGAGAAUCUGGUCUUGGGAAAUCAACUCUUAUUAACAGCCUUUUUCUGACCGAUCUCUACCCAGAACGCUACAUACCUGGAGCAGCAGAGAAAAUCGAGCGCACAGUUCAGAUCGAAGCAUCCACCGUGGAGAUCGAGGAGAGGGGAGUGAAGCUCCGCCUCACUGUGGUGGACACGCCGGGAUACGGAGACGCCAUCAACAGCCUGGAUUGCUUUAAGACAAUCAUCCAAUAUAUUGAUAAUCAGUUUGAGCGAUACCUGCACGAUGAGAGCGGACUGAACCGUAGACACAUUGUCGACAACAGAGUACACUGCUGCUUUUACUUCAUCUCGCCGUUUGGACACGGUCUGAAGCCUCUGGAUGUCGAGUUUAUGAAGGCGAUCCACAGUAAAGUCAACAUCGUCCCUGUGAUCGCUAAAGCUGAUACUCUCACACUGAGAGAGAGAGACCGACUCAAGAGACGGAUUUUGGAUGAGAUCAGUGAGCAUGGUAUCCGGAUCUACCAGCUUCCUGACGCUGAUUCGGACGAAGACGAAGAAUUCAAGGAACAGACGCGUGUCCUAAAGGCCAGCAUCCCUUUUGCCGUGAUUGGCUCAAACCAGCUGAUUGAGGUGAAGGGCAAGAAGAUCCGUGGACGUUUGUACCCAUGGGGUGUGGUGGAGGUGGAGAACCCCGAACACAAUGACUUCCUCAAACUGCGCACGAUGCUAGUAACUCACAUGCAGGACCUACAGGAGGUCACUCAGGAUCUACACUAUGAGAACUUCCGUUCGGAGAGAUUAAAGAGAGCCGGCAGAGCGGUUGAGGAGGACGUGCUGGACAAAGAUCAGAUCCUCUUGGAGAAGGAUGCUGAGCUGAGACGCAUGCAGCAGAUGAUCGCACAGAUGCAAGCGCAGAUGAAAAUGAAACCAGGAGACGACUAAGAGUGUGUGUCUAUGUAUGUAUGCGUGUGUGUUUGUGUAUUGUGGGAACAGGAAGUGCCAUCUUAUUGGAGGUUUCAUCCUCCCCAAUUUUAAACACUAUUCAUUAGUUAAAUCCCUUAAAAGACUAUCAAGAUUGAAUUGUUACCCUGUUAAUGACAUCUAGAUCAUGUGACCUUUACUACUUUACAGCUCCGCCCAUAUGAAUAACCUCUAUACUUUUAAAAACGGUCCAUUAUGACGUAAUUUCGUCAUCCGUUUGUGUCAAAGCAGGGAAAACUCUUUUAAUUUAUUUAACUUGUAGUUAGUCACGGUUUCAUUGCGAAAGUUAAUCAUUUGUUCAUCCAUCAAGAAGCAUUCAUACACAUUCAAAAUAUACUAAAAUAAAUAUAAAACAAAGUUAAGGUUAUGUUUACCACCAAAUACAACUUUAUAAUAUUUUACACUAGACAAACUUUUUUAUUUGUAGGUAAAUUAAGUAAAUUCUUUAGUAAAAGUUAUACAUAUCAUUUACAAGUAUGCAUAUUCUGUAAGGUUUAAACAUGAAAAAAUAUACUGUUUCUUGAUUUUUCUCUGCCAAACUGCUUAGCUGCUUAUACAGUUAUUUUUCAUGUAUCUGCAUCACAUAUGUUUACCAGUUGAUCCCAUUAACACUUUAUAACACACAUACAGUGCUUUCAUUGUGCAUUUGUAGAUGCAGUCUAGUCAAGUUUACGGUCUUACCACAUGCUGGUUAAUAACUAUAAAGCAUUCAUACACAUUCAUGAAUAUUGAAGUUAGGCAGUUUUCUGAGUGUGUGUUUGGAAAUGUCUUUAUUCUGAUAAAACAGUCAUGUGUGCUUAACAUUACAUCUUUAAUUAAUACAGCGAAAGUAGCACAUGCAUGUUUAAAUAUAUCAUCAUUAAGAAGCAGAGUCAAAUGCUUGCAAAUCAACUUUUUCUCAAAAUAGGUUAAAUCUCAAUUUUUUUUUUUUAAACAAAUCUGAAGGGUGUGUAAGAUCCAAGCCUUGUGUAGGACAGCGUUUCCCUCAAGUGGACAGUACUGAGAAGAAGAAACCCCCAGAAAAAACAAUGUGAAAAUUCAAAUCACAAUUGGACAAUCUCUUGAAAUUUAGCUUAUAUUGUUUUGUUGUUAACUGGAUUGUUGAGCUCAGCAGUGUGAAUGUUGUGAUGGUACUAAAUGAUGUGCAAGUUGAAGUGCUGAUCAUGGUAUCACCGGGUCAGCACUCUGAAAUCUGAACUCAUUCACAGAAAUGCCUUAAAAAUCCACCUAUCAUAGAAAUAUUCUGCAGACAUUUAAGGUUUCUCUUUUAAUACUUAUAUUGUCUUUGUUCUGGGUUUUCUGUUGUUUUAUAUCAGUUUUAUUGCUUGUUUUUUGCUACUUUGCUUCUCUUUACUUACUACUAAACAUUAUACUACAGAGACAAAUUCUAGUUAAUCUUUAUAUUUCUUGUUUACCAGGAACGUUUAACUUUAUAUGUUUUAAAGAGAAGAACGGUACUAGUAUUAAGGUCAGAAAGACAAUCAUUGUACUGAGUUAUUUGCUAGUUAUUACUGUCUAAACACACUGAUUUUGUUUUGUUGUAUUUGUGGUUCAGCGCAGUUAUUUUGACUUGGUUAUCUCCUGUUAAAAAGAAUAACACAGUUUUCAUCUUGCGGUACAGUAACAGUGAUGCUUUCCUAUUUUAAAUGUUCCUUUUUGUACUUGCUCACGUUGAGAAAUAAAAUGACUUUGAGUCAUCUGUUGUGAAAUGC